GGUGCCAGAGGGCCUGAUGGACCAGUAGGCGAGCCGGGGUCACGAGGUGUCAAGGGCCGACCAGGGGAGCCAGGCAAGCUGGGGCCAGACGGCCUGCAGGGGAAGAUGGGUGAGACUGGGGAGACAGGAGCACGUGGCUUUCCAGCUGUGAAAGUGAUGGCCCUUCAGAAAUGGAAACAGCUGUAUGAAAAGAGCCCUGUGUCUCUGUUUUUCAGGGGCCACAAGGACCACAGGGGCCACCUGGGCCUUUGGGAGAAGUUGGGCAUAAGGGUGAUCCUGGCCAGUUGGGAGUCCCUGGAGAGCAAGGCCUCAUUGGCCAAAGAGACUAAGGGAGAAUCAGGGCUGGAAGGGGACAGCGGGCCACCUGGGCCAGAUGGUGUCAAGGGAGACAAAGGAGACCAAGGCCUGGAAGGAGAGAAAGGAGAAAAAGGCACCGAAGGGCUGAAGGGAAAAGAGGGGCCUCCUGGAUAUCCCGGCAUCACAGGUGUCCGAGGACCAGAAGGGAAACCAGGAAAACAGGGAGAAAAGGGCAAGCCUGGCCAGAAGGGCAGCAAGGGCUACCAGGGACAGCUGGGUGAGACAGGAGCUCCAGGGAAGCAGGGGCCGAAGGGGAACCAAGGCCCUAAAGGAUCCCGAGGUACCCUGGGACCUAUGGGUGCUCCAGGAAGGAUGGGUGCUCAAGGGGAACCUGGCCUAAAGGGUUACCAGGGACAUGCAGGACCACCAGGGCCAGUUGGACCACCAGGGCCAAAGGGGGAAAAGGGAGAACAAGGUGAUGAUGGGAAGGUAGAAGGCCCACAGGGACCGCCUGGAGACAGAGGCCCCGUUGGUGACAGAGGAGAUCGAGGGGAGCCUGGAGACCCUGGUUAUCCUGGUCAAGAAGGGUUUGAUGGAGAAAGAGGAAAACCUGGACAGCAAGGCUUACCUGGGGAUCCUGGACCACCAGGCCAGCCAGGAGCAAAGGGAUCCAAAGGUGAUGUGGGUCAAAAAGGAAAGCAAGGAGCCCGGGGCAAUCCAGGGAGCAGAGGCUCACCGGGCAUCCUUGGGCUACCAGGUCCUCGAGGAGUGGUGGGAAGGCAGGGUCAAGAGGGUGCCCCCGGUGUGGACGGAGUGCCUGGGAAGGAUGGUGUGCCUGGGAUGCUGGGGGAGCAGGGUGAUGAUGGGGAAGAAGGUGUGACAGGGAUGUCGGGCAAAAGAGGCAACCCUGGUAUACCAGGACUCCCCGGGGCACAGGGACCACCAGGAUUCAAGGGUGAAAGAGGAUUGCCUGGACAGACUGGCCAAACUGGGAAGCGAGGAUCAUCAGGAGGAACAGGUCUUCCAGGGAGCCCUGGUGACCCAGGACCCAAAGGACAGCCGGGAGACUUUGGCGAGGCAGGAUUUCCAGGGAUUGCCGGCAUGUUUGGGCCAAAGGGCCCCCCAGGAGACCUUGGUUUCAAAGGCAUUCAGGGACCCCGUGGGCCGCCUGGUCUCAUGGGAAAAGAAGGAAUUAUUGGUCCGCUUGGCAUUCAGGGUCCCAUGGGAAGCCCAGGGCCUAAGGGAGACAAAGGCAGCCGUGGAGAGAUGGGUCUGCCAGGUCCAAGGGGUCCUCCAGGCCCACGAGGACACCCUGGCCCUCCGGGACCACCAGGAAUUCCAGCCGCGUUUCAGCAAGACGACUUUGGGGCAGCUUUCCGGACACUAAUUGACUCCAACACAGCGCUCAAGAUGGAGGGCUAUCAACAUCCAGACUUUCUCAUGCUGGACCACGGAGGGGAGAUCUUUAAGACUCUACACUACCUCAGCAACCUCAUUCAGAGCAUCAAAAGACCCCUGGGAACCAAGGAAAACCCUGCACGCAUCUGUCGAGACCUCAUGAACUGUGAACAGAAGAUGAACGAUGGUACCUACUGGAUUGACCCAAAUCUUGGCUGUUCCUCAGACACCAUCCAGGUCAUCUGUAACUUCACCAAUGGCGGGCAGACGUGUCUCAGCCCCAUCACCGUCUCCAAGCUGGAUUUUGACAUCGGUCGAGUCCAGAUGAACUUCCUCCGCCUGCUGAGCUCAGAGGUGGUGCAGCACAUCACCAUCCACUGCCUCAACACCUCCGUCUGGCGAGAGGGCUCCUCCGAGAAACCUUCCGAAAAAGCCGUGCGCUUCAGGGCCUGGAACGGGCAGAUGUUUGAGGCGGACGGGCAGCUCAGGCCAGAAGUGGCAGCUGAUGAUUGCAAGAUCAAGGAUGGACGCUGGCAUCGGACUCUCUUUUCGUUUCGGACGCAGGACCCUCAGCAGCUGCCAAUCGUCAACAUCUACAACCUCCCCCCAUCCGAGCCAGGAAAGCAAUAUCACCUCGAGGUCGGCCCUGUCUGCUUCCUUUGAACAAAGCCACCGAAACCGGGCUCCGAGGCUUUGACCCCGUGUUCGGCCUCUGUCUCCACGCAGGCUCUCCCGCCUCCCUGCAGCUAGGACAGCUGGGCUGUAUCUUUUGGGUCAACUCUUGCUCUAGCUCAAGGUCUCAAGGAACCCGUGAUCUACUGAACUCAGCAGAUGGUUUAAGGAGGAGUAACACGGACGCAGGGGAAGUGGGUCUCAGUCGGGACGUGAACAGCAAAAAGGGAUCAGGGGAUGAGAUGUUGCAAGCGGUUCCACACACAAAGCUUUUUCCAUGACCAAAGAAA